AUGGCGGCGGGAGGCUCGGAAGACUACGAUCACCUCUACAAAGUGAUUCUCGUCGGAGACGCGACUGUGGGCAAGACGCAUCUUCUCUCGCGCUACAUUCGGGGAACUUUGCCCAAGUCCCCGAAGGCAACCAUCGGCGUCGAAUUCGCCACUCGCACUGUGCCUCUUGCAGUCGGCGGAACCGUCAAAGCACAGGCAAGAAAGGCAGAAAAAAGUGUCUCUUCUCGAAUUCCAAAUCCCGACAGUCACCGCACCAAAGGCUUUAACAUGCUAAGAAACCGAGCGCUCUGUAUAUAUUUGCAGUCAAGGCUGGGUGCGUUGCCUCUUCAGAUAUGGGACACUGCGGGCCAAGAGCGGUAUCGAAGCAUCACGAGUGCGCAUUACCGGCGAGCGGUCGGGGCGUUGCUGGUCUACGACGUGACGCGGAAGUCGACUUUUUUGAACGCCUCCAAGUGGUUGGAGGAGUUGCGGCAAAACUCAGAGCCGGAUAUCGUCAUCAUGAUGGUCGGGAACAAACUCGACUUGGUUGAGAAGGACCCGACAGCCCGAGAUGUCCCCUACGAGCUGGCUGCGAAGUUUGCGCAGGCGAAUGGGCUGUACUUUAGCGAGGCGAGCGCGGUGACUGCAUUCAACGUGAAGCACAUCUUUGAGCAUUUGCUCCAGGAAAUCUACAACCACCGAACACAGGGCGGCGAAGACGCGCCAGGCCGCUCCAACGGGCUCGGCGCAUACAGAGACACCACAGCCCUCGGUGGAGUCCAACUCGCGUCCGCGGGUGCACAUUAUGGACACUCCCAGGCCGCGUCGUGCUGCAGCUAG